AGAAAUUAUCCUUGUCAGUCUCAUCAUGACCAACCACCACAUGACUCAGCUAAUCACUAUAGUAUCUGCUGUGCUUAAUGGAGUUCUCAUGUUUCCUUUAUUUCCCUGAUAUUAAACACGACUUACCCUUUGACGUACGGCUUGUCUUAUCUACAGUACCACAGUACUGACAGAAAAAGUUUGUGUUUAUGGUGUAGUUUGUACUGUAUAUUUUGGCUGUAAGAGUAUUAGUAGAGUAGUGGAAACAGAGUGUGUGGUGCGUGUGGCUUUGGUGCCGAGGAGAGAUAAGAGGCCUUGCCUGUGACCCUCCACAGGCUCUCCAGCUCUCUGCCUCAUCAGUCAGAAGCUCACCGUGUUAACACUCACACAGUGCUCUCUUGAUUCCACAUUUUUGACUACCAAGCUCUCAAGAUGGUGGCCAUUGAGGUGUCCGCUGAGUAUGGCUACUGCUUGCUGGUUGCUGUCUUCUCCAUCUUCAUGCUCGUGUGGAAGUCAUACAAUGUUGGUAAGGCCAGAAAGCAGUUCAAUGUUCUCUACCCAACUAUGUAUCACAAGAGUAAUGAUCACUUCAACUGCUACCAACGUGCUCACCAAAACACACUUGAGAACUAUCCACAAUUCCUGACUUUACUGCUGUUGGGUGGUCUAUACAACCCCAUAGUGAGUGCUGUAGGAGGAGCUGUGUGGUGUACUGGACGUAUUGUCUAUGCCCUGGGAUACUACACUGGAGAACCUAAGAAUCGAUCAAAAGGAGUCUUCAGUUACUUUGGGCUGUUUGCUAUGCUGUACUGUACUGUCCGCCUGGCCACCAGUUUGCUGGGAUGGUUUUAAGUUCCUUCACAGUUUUUUGUUUGUCAUCAUUUAAUUGAACUUGGUCUUUAUGUGAGCACUUUGUCAUACAUACCCAGUACUGUAUGUGCUAACAGUGCAGAGCAGACUGACCCUCUGACUGGCUAGUAUGUGGUGGAGAGGAUAAGUGCUAAGUGAUAAUUUUGUGUGUGUGUGAUUACAUUAUAUCACAGGUAUUAAAGUUGUUUCUUAAAAAUUCAAUUGAACAGAUAGACUUACUGUGUUGUUUGUGAAUGCAUUUCCUACAUUUUUCAGCACAAUAUGUUGACAAGAAAAUGUUGAACUGUACUGUACAGCCAGGUGAUAUGUGAAUUAUUUUUUUUAUUAUGAUUAUUAUUAUUUUUUUUUUUUCAUUAAUAUUUUUUUGUCAUUUCUUGAGGCCCAUGGUACUAGGUAUUUUUGUCUGUUCAUUACCAACAUUUAUUUGAAUUAGUGUUUUAGGACAAGAAGUUUAUUAUAGUUUUAUAUUUUGUCAUUCGAGAAGUGUUUGGUGUUGUCUUUAAGUUUUUACUACCAUAUUUUUUUUAGACUGUAUUGUACUAUUAUUAAACUCUGUGAUUACUGAGUGGGAGAAACAUAUUGUAUCAGUAUUUGUAUAUUAAUUGUUAAUAAAUGGUAUCCAGCUAAUUAAUCUUCAUAUUGUUACACCUGUAAAAGUAAAGGAAUUUAGCCCACAUUGGAUAUAAUGUUUUCUUUAUAUUGUGUUUUAUGUUUGUAAAUAUUGAAUGGUUUAAAUACUCAUAAAUGCAACCUGUUUAAUCCCAAGUGUAUUAUUGUUUAAAGGAUCAAGUAUCACAAAUAUAGUGGAAUUGAUCCUCUCGAAAGCUAAUAGGUAGCAAUUGUCUUUUGUUUGUUACAUUCUGGAUCUCUCUUCUCCCAAAUGUCUUUUAUUACUUAUAUGGAGUGGUCAUAUAAAGCUGGAAGAUUGAAGACUAUAUAACUUUAUAUUGGCAGAUAGGAGAUUAAUAUACCACAUCAUUGAACCAUAUGUACCGGAUAUACUAUGUAUAAAGGUAUUGCUCAUAUUUUAAUUGUCAGAAAUGAGAAUACUGUAUUCAUGAUUUAAUUGUAGAACUGUUACAAAGCGGCUCUCUGUCUAAAUAUGAACUGUUAAGUCA